GAAGAGCGGAGACUAUAAUGCAGAAUAGUAUUAAGCCUUUUAUCUCCCACUUCAGAAGAGCAUUUACAAUGGAGAAGUUCCUUGUAUCAAGUCGCAAAGCCAGUGAUCUAUUGGCCAGUAAAGUUGGUCCCGACGGGAUUUUGCAAGACAGUAAAGUAAGCGGGGAUCUCUGUUCGCAGUACAAGUUGGCAACAUUGUUGUUGAUCAGUGGACACACAGCCAAAGCUCACAGACUACUUGACCGUAUCAAAAGGGAUUUUAUGCAGGAAGACGGGGAUCUGAUAUCAUUCCCAGAGAAAAGUGAGAGAGGAAGGAAAAGCGCAAGUUUUCCGAUGUCACAUUUUUGGACGUAUAUGAAUGCCUGGAUCGCUAUGGGUGCCCACAGAAUGGGGAGGUAA